CAGAAAACGUCGUCGUUUUUAUCAUUCACCACCAACAUUAGUUCUUUUUGCCGUGAACGAAUCCUCAUCCUCUCUCUCUCUAAAAACCAUAAAAACCUUUCCCAUCUCUCUCUCUCUCACUCACUUGGGGUUGAAGAUGAGAAUUUGUGGAGCAGCAACCAGCAGCGCCUAUAACACCGCGUCCAGCUCCCUGCUAGUGUUCGUUUCUUCUUCCUUCUCUACUCCUGCCAAAACCAAGUUCCUACCCUCACUUUCUAGAUUUUCCAACAAGCGUUCUUGCUUCUUUUUGCAAACCCGUCCCAAUUUUACUUUGCACAAGCCCUCCAUGAACCUUCUGAACAGACUUGGGUUUGGCAGCGGAAGGUCAUCGGAGAACAUGGAUUCAACCAUUCCUCAGGGACCGGAUGACGAUAUACCAGCACCAGGCCAGCAGUUUGCUCAGUUUGGGGCUGGCUGCUUUUGGGGCGUUGAAUUGGUCUUCCAGAGGAUUCCCGGAGUUUCUAAGACAGAGGUUGGUUACACUCAGGGGCUUGUGCACAAUCCUACUUAUGAGGAUGUGUGUUCAGGGACCACAAACCACUCAGAGGUUGUAAGGGUCCAUUAUGACCCUAAAGAAUGUGCCUUUGAAAGUCUGCUUGAUAUGUUCUGGUCUAAACAUGAUCCUACUACGCCGAACCGACAGGGGAAUGAUGUGGGAACACAGUACAGAUCUGGAAUAUACUACUAUACCCCUGAACAAGAGAAGGCAGCUAGAGAGUCUUUGGAACAACAAGAGAAGCAGUUGGGGAGGAAGAUUGUAACUGAGAUCCUUCCUGCCAAGAAGUUUUACAGAGCUGAGGAGUACCAUCAACAGUACCUCGAGAAAGGAGGUCGAUUUGGUUUCAAGCAAUCUGCUGCUAAAGGAUGCAACGACCCGAUUCGGUGCUAUGGUUAAUUGUUAAAAAAAUGUGAAUUUACCCUCAAGGAUCAAUAUGGCAAGUUAUUUAGAUGUUGAAAGUUGAUAGUUUUAUUUGUUAAUAUAUUAUCAACAAAGAUUGUGCACACUGUAUUGGAGCUUGAAAAUGGGCAUAGCCAUGAAUUAGAGUUUGUAUACUGUCCUCUAUCAUGUGUAAUUUUGUUGUAAAGUAUUGUCUUGGCAACUUACAAACCAAUAAAUAAAAGACAGAAAAUGUAUGACCUAGCCUCCCAUAUUAUCAAUGUUCCAAAAUGAUAUUUUAAAUUGUAA